GUGUUUUUAUUUUGACUCUCCCUUACCUACCUAAGCAUCUCGCUUCUAUUGUUCUUUCUCUCUUCCACGACCCCCUCCCAAGAAAACCAGAAAAGAAGUUUCUUUGCUUUUCCUUUGUGCAAAAUCUGGAAAGAAAGUUUCAUUAAUGCAAUUUUUGAAAUGGGUUUUUUUCAAUUUCUUCAAAGAAUUCACUUUCUUUUUGGCUCUUGGAUUUACAGGGUUGAAAGCUGAACCCGAUGAGCAAAACGAAAUGGCUGGUGGAGGGGAAGGGGGAGGAGGAAGCAAACCGACUAAAAAAUCUGCUGAAGCGUAUCUGAAGGAAGUCAGGGAGAUGUUUGAGGAUAAAAAAUACAAGUACGACAUGUUCCUUGAAGUCAUGAAGUAUUUCAGUAAUCAAAGGGCUGACAUAGUGUGUGUGAUGGGGCGAGUGAAAGAGUUAUUGAAAGGGCAAAACAACUUGAUUCAGGGAUUUAAUUUGUUUCUACCGAAGGGAUAUGAAAUUAGCGUGGACGAGGAGAAGGCUUCUCCGGAAGAAAAGAUUUCUGAAUUUGAUGAAGCAUUUGAUUUUAUAACGCUAAUAAAAGAACGUGAUGAGCAUGUUUAUACAUCAUUUCUGGAUCUUGUAAAUAAGCACUGGGGGGAGCAGGACGUUGCUUCUAUUUUUUGGGACCAUCCAGAUUUGCUUGAGGAGUUCAAAAUUUUUUAACACACCGGAAUUGUAUUUGUCCCCAUCACUCCCACAAAUUGCAAAGGAUCAUAUAAGUAUAUACACAUGCCCAUAACAGCACCACCAAAAGUUACAUUUUAUUUUGUCCAUUGAGUUUUAUUCCACGUAUUUAAAAUUAAUAUUUUUAA